AUGGAGGCUAAUAUGGGUGAUGUUGAACAAGAAAAAUUACAUGGCCUAUUUGAAGAAGCAGAAACACCGUUAUAUAGCAGUUGCAAAUUUAUGAAGCUUGAUGUUGUAUUGAGGUUGAUGAACUUAAAGUCGAAAAACGGAUGGAGUGAUAAAAGUUUCACAAGUCUAUUAGUGCUUUUGCAUGACAUUCUUCCGGAAGACAAUGAAUUACCCAUUUCUACAUACCAAGCAAAAAAGCUAAUGUGUCCGAUGGGAUUGGAAGUUGAAAGAAUACAUGCAUGUCCAAAUAACUCUAUGUUGUAUAGAAAGGAGUUCGAGAAUAAACAUAAUUGUGUUUUUUGCGGUGCAUUGAGGUAUAAACGGAAAAAAGAUUUGGAUGAAGUUGACGAUGAUGUGAAAAAAAUGGACCACUGGCUAAAAUGUUGUGAUUCACCUCAGUGGAGAAACAUUGAUAAGAAGUAUCCUCAAUUUGGAAAAGAGAUGAGAAACAUACGGUUUGGGCUUAGUUCAGACGGGAUCAAUCCUUUUGGGAACAUAAGCAGUCGUCAUAGUACGUGGCCGGUUCUUUUGUGCAUUUACAAUCUUCCACCGUGGUUAUGCAUGCAACGGAAAUACAUUAUGAUGUCGUUGUUGAUUCAGGGGCCGAGACAACCUGGUAACGAUAUUGAUGUGUAUUUGUCUCUAUUGAUUGAUGACUUAAAAACUCUUUGGAGUUCGGGUGUAGACGUAUAUGAUGCUUAUAAGAAACAACACUUUCAAUUGCGGGCCAUGAUUUUUUGUACUAUAAGUGAUUUUCCAGCAUACGGUUACUUUUCAGGAUACAAAACAAAGGGUAAGAAAGCGUGUCCAGUUUGUGAAGAUCAAACAAGCUCGAUAUGGUUAAAAAAUUGCAAAAAAACUGUAUACAUGAGACAUCGAAGAUUCCUUCCGAAGGCUCACCGUUUUAGGAAGAAAACUAUUGAGUUUGAUGGACGUAUCGAGAUCAAAACGAUGAGGAAACGAUUUGAUGCAUUUUCACCAGUUGCAAGUAUAAAUGUUGUGUUGGGAAAAAAAAUUGUGUUGAUAAAGAUGCCCUUUGGAAAAAAAAAAGUCAAUUUUUUUGAAUUGCCUUACUGGAGACAUUUGGAUGUUAGACAUUGUCUAGAUGUUAUGCAUAUUGAAAAAAACGUUCCAUCAACUUAUUCUGCAAACAUUAAAAGAUUUGUGUCGAUGAAAGACUGUAAAUUGUUUGGAAUGAAGUCUCAUGAUUGUCAUGUUUUGAUGACACAUAUGAUUCCUAUCGCAAUUCGUGGAAUUUUACAAGAUGAUGUUAUUGACGUAGAAGAUUUGGAUAAAUGGGAGAAAGACGUUUAUGUUACACGUUGUGAAUUAGAGAUGCACUUUCCACCCUCAUUUUUUGAUAUAAUGGUUCACUUGAUAUCUCACAUCGUACAAGAGAUUAAGGCUUGUGGUCCCGUAUUCUUACAGUACAUGUACCCUUUUGAAAGAUACAUGGGUAUCCUAAAAGGUUACGUAAGGAACCGUAAUCGACCUGAGGGCAGUAUUGUUGAAUGGUAUACUUUUGAAGAGGUGAUUGAAUUCUGCCAAGGCUAUAUGAAAGAUGUCGAAAGUGUUGGUGUUCCUAAAACUCGUCAUUCAGGUCGACUUGAAGGUAAGGGAGGAGUCGGUUUAAAAAUAACCAUGCCAACUUAUGAAGAGUUACAAGUUGCACAUUUAGUGGUCCUAAAACACAUGAAAUGUCUUACUCCAUACAUUGACGAACACAUGGACAUGUUGAAGUCGAAAUACCCGGGCAAGGAACAAAUGUGGUACAUAAACAAUCAUAAUAAAGAGUUUUCAAGGUGGCUAAAAAAUAAGGUAGCAGAAACUAAUGUUGAUGAAACUGUGAAAAGAUUGGGACAUGGGCCAGAUUGUAGAGUUAAAUCUUAUGAAUGGUAUGACAUUAACGGGUAUACCUUUUACACGAAAGAUCAAGAUCAAAAAAGUACAAUGCAAAAUAGUGGAGUUACAAUGAUAGCAUCAACGACUGAAUUCGACAGACGGGAUCAUGAUACUUUGAUAAGAAUAGCCAGAGAUUCUUAUUACGGUGUUAUACAAAAUAUUUGGGAGUUGAACUAUUUUGACUUCGUUAUUCCCGUGUUCAAAUGCAAGUGGGUGAAUAACCGUACAGGUGUUCAAGUCGACAAAGAUGGUUUUACACUUGUCGACCUUACAACUAUGGCUAUGCAUUUGAACCAUUAG